GGGGGGGUGUGGCCCAGGUUCAGUGGUGACAUCUUCACAGGGUUUCUUUCAGAUUUACUACAACUGUUAUCACUUGCUCUCCUUUAUCUCCCACAUCUGUGAUUUUUCACUGCAUCAAACAUAAUCUCACACAUUUGUGUUUGUCCAACUCUUCAUUAAUAUGACAAAGAGCUUUUAUGAAAGUUUGUUGGUUUGUUCUCUGUCAUCGGUGAAGAUGGACACCGGUGAAUCAGAGGAUGAAACAUUUGAUUAACUGUCCCUGUGGAGACAGUUGGGGUAUUUUAAUACUAGGGGGCAACUGUGGUAAAACUACAGGGCAAAUGCACAGUUGAGGCCUUAACAUUAUCAAGUAAGACUGUUUCAAUUUAACACUAACUUUGAUAAGUGUAAUUAAAACAUUUAAAAUGCAAACAGUUUGACAAACUUUGAGAAAAAACUUCAUUUGUUUCAUUGAUUUGAAAACACUAGAGGUGCUUUGAUCCACUCAGUCCAGUUAAAGAGUUAUCCGAGCUGAUUUUAAUUUUCUUCUUUCAGAAGCGUAAUAAUGACUUAUAUUGAUUUGUAUAUACUUUUUAAUUUUCCUUCUCUCGUCUGCCCAACUUCUCUCUUUCAUUCAGCUUGAGAGCAAUGCAUGAUGCUCUGUAUUAUAGGCCAUCAUAUUGUCUAGUUAGUGAUCAUCAGUUGUUCCACUUUCAUAACUUCUGGGUUGUGUUGGGGGUGAUCUGGAGUCAGUCUGGAAACAUCCACUGUAGAAUAAGUGAAGCCGAAUCCAUCACCCUGGUGUCUGGCUGCUGCUUAGGUCAUUCGCCUCUUCCUCCUCCACGUUAGAAGAUGGGACAAGGACCAAAGAGGGUAAAAAAAAAAAUAUUCUUGCAGAAUGAGGUUUUAUUAAUAAUUCUAACUGUUUAGCUAUGUUCAUUUAAAUUCUUUGAGGACUACCGUGUGAGCGCCCACUAGAGGAACAGCAGGCAUAUUUGGUACAGCAACAUUAACAAGUGACAAGGUUUCCCUAUUUGUCCCUGUUGCAUUGUGGGAUACUGAGUUUCUGCAGGUGUAAUAAUUCCUUGUAAACCCUGGAACAGCUCGACGGAGUAUGAAGCGUCAUUGUCGGCAACAGACUCUACUUAUCUCACUUCCUGUGUCUGCAGCUGUCAAUCAAACGGAUACUUCCUCAGCUUCUCCUCACUUGGACUCAGUCGUUCAGAGUCUGUCUCACCAUGCAGCUCGUCCUCGUCCUCUGUCUUCUGUCCCAUGUUGGCAGGGUUACAGCUGUGGCAGGUUGCCACAGUGACAGGGACAAGGACCACCGGCCCAGCAUGAACUGCACGGCGGCCGGGUACAGCGGCAUCCCGGCGGAACUCGAACCCACGACCAAGGUUCUGUUGUUUCGUAGGAACCUGUUCUCCAGUUUGUCCUGGUCCUCCUUCAAGAUUUUUCCGGACAUCUAUGAGAUCGACCUCACAGGCAACCAGGUUCCAGAGGUGACUCCCAGCGACGCUCCCAUCCUGCCCACCCUCAGUGUUCUCCGACUGGGGAGGAACCGCCUCAGGUCCAUUCCUGACGGCUCCUUCACCGCCUGUCCCGCCCUGACCGAACUCCACCUGGACAACAACAACAUCGACACUCUGAGCGACCACUCCUUCUCUGGACUCAGUGUACUGGAGAUCCUGGAACUGUCGUCCAAUCAAAUCAAAGUGCUUCCCGAGCUCCUGCUCCACUCUGUUCCAGUCAUAGAGACCCUGUCCCUGGAGGUCAACCAGAUCAAAGAGAUGCCGGACAAUUGGUUCAUCACGAAGGAGGAUGUGCCGUACCUCUAUCUGUCAGCCAAUCCCUGGGUCUGCUCCUGUAACAUUGGUUACUUGCACCAAUACAUUGAUGAAUAUAACAACGUCUACGUCCGCGAUGGUCCACUCAUCACGUUGAGACCUGAAAGUGUCAUAUGUGAUUCUCCCCAGAGGCUCAAAGGUCAACCACUGAUGAGUCUUACUGAGUCUGAUUGGUGUCCGACGGAUUCGGCUUCCUCGAGUGUUCCCAGGGUUUCCUCUUUUCCUGCUACUACUAUCACUGCUGCUGCUACUGUCACACCAGCUGUGGCCACGUUACAACUCCACACAGAGCUCCACAGAGUAUCCACAAGGUCCUGGUACCAAACUUUCACCAGUUCUUUGGAGUGGUCGAGCAUUUCGGGGAAAGAACCUGAAGUAAGGGAUUUAUCUUUUGGGUCACACAUUCCUUCUGAAAGUCCUGUGAGCGCGUCAACGGCUGCGCCCAUCAAAGCUCAGACAACUGAAUCCGUUCCUUCAACUGUAACAUCAACAACUCCGAAACUGAAGCUAAUCACGACCACCGCCCCCACUGAGGCAGCAAACACCCCAGUCUCCACACGGGUAUCUGACAGAGCGGCAGGUGGUGAGCAUCGUGGUAGAGUCGGUGCCGUCGGAGCUGCAGGAGUGUUCUGCUUCUGGCUCUUUGCAGUGUGUCUGCUGCUGUGCGUUGUGUCGCUGGUGUGCAUAUUGGCAACUCUGGCGAGGUUGGUGGACUGGUACAGGAAGGUGUACAAGCCUCUGAAUGUGGCUCUGGCAAGACGGGGGGGAGGUGGUGAGGGAGUGAGGCUGUUAACGUACAACAGCAGGGAGGAGAAGGAGGUGGCAGGAGGAGGAGGAGGAGUGGUGGCACUGUAUCGCUCCGUUCUGUUUAUCCACAGAGAGGAAGAAAAACCUGUGGAGAGGGAGGAUGGAGUGAGCGAAGGUGAGGGGGGAGGACGAGGAGGGGGGGAAAGACUCCUCGUCACUCUGGAGCCGACGGGGGAAGAAGUGAAGAGGGAGGAUGAAGGGGAGAGAGAAGCGAUGGAGGAGAGGGGGGUGUAUCGGAAGACUCUGUACCGUCUGUUGAGCAAAGAAGAGGCCAUAUCCGGAUGGAGGGAUGUGAUGGAGGAGGAGUGUCGGGUCCCUGCAGAAGGUGGAGGCGGGGGUGGGGGAGAAGCCUCUAGGAAGCGCUACAGUACUCUGACGCCACGCCACGAUCACACCGUCUGA